AUGGGCAAGAAGAUCAUCCCUCCGGAUGACCCCGCCCGCCUGGCCCGCGUCAUGGACGAGAAGAGGAGGCUGAUCGGGGCCUGGCAGGGUCAGGCGCGGAGCAGAGCAGCAAGGGUGCUGGAGGCCGAUGCGCAGCGCAUGCGGGAGGAAAGGGAGGAGCUCCUGGCGGCCAGCCAGUGCCCCCUGCUUACAGAGGAGCUGGGCCAGGACUCCAGCCCCCAGGCCUUCAAGGGCCUGUCCGAGGCCCAGAGGGCGGCUAUACAGGCAGAGAGGGAGGCGCAGGCGACAGAGCGUCGGUGCCGCGCCCUCCAGUCUGCGGCUGAGAAGGGGAUCGAGGAGCGGGCGCUCCUCGCAGCCGACUCUGAGGCGGCGCUGGCGGCGCACAAGGUCGACCAGGAGGAGCGGGAGAAGCGCUGGAUGCUGGCGGACUGCUGGCGGCGCCAGGCCAGCGCGCCCCUGGAAAACCAGGAGCCCAUGCCGUUGGGGUACGCGUCCCGGGGUCUACAGUUCGGGACGAGUCAUCGCUGA